AUGCUUUAGAAAUCGUAUUCUGAAGGAGUUGGAGCAGGUUUCCCACUUACACAAAAUAUUAGAUAUUAAUUGGCCAAAACUAGAGUUGAUGAUCUCUUUAUUAAAUGGCUAACUUUACCUUAAACAUAAAAGUUAGUACAUCAACUGAUAAAGGAUGUGCGGGAAGGAAAGUAAAAUAAUCUUAUUACUCAACCUAAUGCUUUUUUCACAAAUAAAAUGACAAUGUCUGGGAUGUCACAAAGUGCUCUCUUAAGCUCACCUAACAAAAAAAGCUAAGGUCCUUCAACUCCUCCUCGUGCAGACUCAUUUCAUGAAAUUAAAUAGCGCAUUCCAGAAGAUUUAUCAUAAUCAUUGACCUAAUCAUAAAUAAUUUAGAAAAAGCUUCGUGUAGAGGAAGUACAAAAUUAUGAUUUGGUUCCCCAAUUCUAUUUCCCAACAUAAGAGAUCAAUUUAUAAUUACAAUAAGAAUAGAAUGUAUAGUCCAUAUAUUUAUAAUGCUUUAGAAAAUUAUUAAUGAAAUAUUUGGUAAAGCUGAACAUAUUGAUGCUAAUCAUUUUGAAUAGAUCACUACAAAUUUAUGUGGUCUAUGUAAAUACUUAACAAGAAUUUUAAUGACUGCAGUAGAAGGUACAAGCAACAAAAUUAGUAAAACUGCUUUUAUGAAGUAUUGGAAUUAGCAAUUAGCAUAAAAAGAACCAAAACAGAGAUGUUUUCAUAUUCUAAAAAAAGCAAAGAAUGAAUUCAUUUAAUUUGAUGAUUUCAAACCUUUCAUGAAGAGUACAUUCUCUUUCCUAAAUAGUUUUACUUGAAUAGCAUCCGGGGUUGGAAUUUUUGUAAGCAACACCGGAAUUUUAAGAACGAUAUGCAGACACAGUUAUUCAUAGAAUUUUCUUUCAUUUAUGUCGAAAGGAUAACAAUAAAAUUACAUGGCGUGACUUUAAAUCAAGUAAUUUAUUUGAUAUCUUGGAUAUAUUGGGAAAAGAAGAUGAUAUUAAUAAAGUAUUAUUUCUAAGCUCCUUUAUUAGAUAAGAUAAUAUUUCUCAUAUGAACAUUUCUACGUUAUUUAUUGUAAAUUUUGGGAAUUAGAUGGUGAUCAUGAUUUCCAUAUAAGCAAGGAAGACUUCUCUCGUUAUUCCAGCCAUGGUCUAAGUCGUAAAGUUGUUGAUAGAAUAUUUGAUUAAGUUCCUCGUAGAUUUAGAAGUUAAAUAGAUUAAAAGAUGUCAUAUGAAGAUUUUAUUUACUUUAUUUUAUGUGAAGAAGAUAAGACUACUAUAUAAUCAAUAGAAUAUUGGUUUAAAAUUAUUGAUUUGGAUGAUAAUGGUAUUAUUACAGGAUUUGAAAUGGAUUAUUUUUAUGAGGAAUUGAAAUAGAGAAUGGAUUAUUUAAAUCAUGAACCUAUUUUAUUUCAUGAUUUUGUUUGUUAAAUGGUUGAUCUUUUACAUCCUGACAAUGAUAUCCUCUUUAAAUUAAGUCAUUUUAAAUAGAAUCUAACUGUUUGUGGCGUAUUUUUCAAUUUCUUAACUAAUUUAAAUAAAUUAAUUGCUUAUGAAAAUAGAGAUCCAUUUCAAGUAAGAAAUGACAUAGUUGAUCAUCCAGAUUUUACAGAUUGGGAUAGAUUUGCAUUUUAGGAAUAUGUUAGAUUAGCUAUGGAAGAGGAGAAUUAAGAAUAAGGAGAAGUAUUUGAAGGGGAUAAUAUAUGGGAUAAUGAAGAUUCAAAAUAAUGAU